AUGACUAGCUCCUCGUCCCGUUCAUUGCUACUCGCAGCCAGACCUGCGCUGCAACUGAAUGUUCUACUUGGAACAGGGGUCUGGCUGUCCAUCAUAUUCUCUGGCGCGUUGAAGCGGGUCUUUCAGCUAGCCCUCUCUGAAGGCUAUGCGGCCGCUCGGUAUACGGGAAUCCCAGGCCUUGACACGCUGACCUCCUUUCAUCGCACCGCUCAUCUCACCACCAGUGCAGGGGCCCCGACCCCGCGAACGCUGCAAAUCGUCCACCUCUUUUGUGGUCUGGGGUCUAUUUGGACAGCGAUGAUCCUUGAGACCUGUCGGCAAAAGUCAUUGCCCCAGGUUCUACGCCAUACCCUCAAAUGGCACCUGGCCAAUAUGUGGAUUGGACCGCAUGUGAUCACCCCGCUCUACUGCCUCCUCCACCUCCAACCCCCCGGCACUUUAUCGGGGGAUUCCGAGGAUACCGUCCGCAGCAAUAAGCCCCUAAUCGACUACCUCGUGCCUCUCAAAGUCCUCACCUUCGUCCUCCCAGUAGCCCUCAUGCAUCUUCCCGGAUCGCAAAACCCUCCCGACACGGUGAAAGUCCAUCUGGCGAUGCUAAUCCACACCUGGCCCCUCUGGGUCGUGGGUGCUGCGUAUCUCGCGCAAGAGCGCAGGAACCGCAUCCUCGUGCGGCCCACCCCCUCUGCCCCACGGGAACAACAGCAACAGCUCCGCUCGGUCUACCAGUGGGCAUUCUACGCCGCCUCGGCCUCCCAUCUGGUGACGAUGUUCUGGUGUCUCAGCCUGGGCGAGGAGGCGUCUGCUUCAGCACGGCUGCAGACCAUGUUCGUGCCCCCGCUGCCGCGCACGGAGCAACUCAUCGCCCACCCACGCGAGCCCAUCUACUUCGUCACAAAGUGGGGCAAUGCGCUGUGCGCGAGUGCCGUCUGCAUAUGGGCGUCGGUCGCGUAUCUGCGCACUUGUAAGUUGCAUGCUGCUGCUGCUGCUGCUGCUGUUCCUUCGAUGCCCCUCUCGCUAUUGGUGCUCAAGCUGUCCUGGAGGAUGGUGGUGCUGGGGCCUUACGCGGUUGCGGUGCAGCUGCUUAUUUGGAAGCAUGAUGUCCUCAGUGUUUGA